AGCUGGUCCCGCCACUCCUGCCCUGGCGGUGGGACUGGGAAGGCAGCCCUGGACGGCUGGACGCACGCAGGGAGGACGCGGCCGAGGCUCUCUCAGACAAGACAGGGCAUCCCUCACGUCCACUCUUGAUUCCAAAUGUUCUCCUGGAAGUCACCGAUGUUCCUGUCUGCUAUUGAGGACUCAGCACCCACCAUGGCCUCCUUCAGCAGCAGCGUGCUCAACGCCACCUCCCCAGCGCCGACGCUCAACGGGACGCUUUGGCAGAGCCCCUCCGAGUGCGUGCCCCCCGAGUGGGGCGGCUGGCUCAACACCAUGCAGGCCCCCUUCCUCUGGGUGCUGUUCAUCCUGGCGGCGCUCGAGAACAUCUUCGUCCUCAGCGUCUUCUGCCUGCACAAGAGCAGCUGCACCGUGGCCGAGAUCUACCUGGGCAACCUGGCGGUGGCCGACCUCAUCUUGGCCUGCGGGCUGCCCUUCUGGGCCAUCACCAUCGCCAACAACUUUGACUGGCUCUUCGGGGAGGUGCUGUGCCGCGUGGUGAACACCAUGGUGUACAUGAACCUCUACAGCAGCAUCUGCUUCCUCAUCCUGGUGAGCAUCGACCGCUACCUGGCCCUGGUGAAGACCAUGUCCGUGGGCCGGAUGCGCGGGGUCCGCUGUGCCAAGCUGUACAGCGUGGUGAUCUGGGGGUGCACGCUGCUCCUGAGCUCGCCCAUGCUGGCCUUCCGGACCAUGAGGGACUACAGAGACGAGGGCUACAACGUCACCGCCUGCAUGAUCAUCUACCCAUCCCGCUCCUGGGAGGUGUUCACCAACAUGCUCCUGAACAUCGUGGGCUUCCUGCUGCCCCUGAUCAUCAUCACCUUCUGCACGGUGCAGAUCGUGCAGGUGCUGCGCAACAACGAGAUGCAGAAGUUCAAGGAGAUCCAGACGGAGAGGAAGGCCACGGUGCUGGUGCUGGCUGUGCUGCUGCUCUUCGUGGCCUGCUGGCUGCCCUUCCAGGUCAGCACCUUCCUGGACACGCUGCUGCGCCUGCACAUCCUCUCGGGCUGCUGGGACGAGCACCUCAUCGACGUGUUCACGCAGAUAUCCACCUACGUGGCCUACAGCAACAGCUGCCUCAACCCGCUGGUGUACGUGAUCGUGGGCAAGCGCUUCCGCAAGAAGUCGCGGGAGGUGUUCUGCAGGCUGUGUCAGAGGGGCGGCUGUGUGUCCAGGCCCAGCCAGCUGGAGAGCUCCAUGGGCACGCUGCGGACCUCCAUCUCGGUGGACCGCCAGAUGCAACGGUUGCCGGAGUGGGGGGGGAGCAGCCAGUGAGCGGGGGUCAGCACGGCUGCCGUCCACACACGUGAGGUUCUGUGGACAGCCGCUCUUCAGGCGCCCGGGGAGCAGCCCCGAAGGCAGCCGCCGGCGACUCUGGACAAUGAGUCUGCAGGAGCGUCUCUCCUGCCCGGCCCAAGUGGCAGUGAGCACGGCUGUGAGGACGGGGUUCUCCCAGGCACAGCCCAAGGCUCCCCACCGCAGCUUUCACCGUUCUCACUGGCUGGCACCCCCGGGCCAGUCUGCUCACUCCAGGAGUAGAGGGACCCCGGGAGCAGGGACGGGGGUGACUGAACGGCUCCCGCGUCACGCCCUACCCAGCACAGCAGCCCUGGUGGAGAAGAGUCGCCCAGUUUGGGGCCGUAACUGAGCUGCAUUUCGCCGGCAGUUUCUUCAACACACUUGACCAGGACACUGGAGGAGGAUUCUAAUCUGCGAGGGCUGAACCCUGAGGGACCCUGGUAAGAACUUGAAGAGCUGGAAUUCUGUGUCUCCCUUCGCCAGCGCACAAGGAGAUCUGUGCCAAAGAAAAGCCCAGUGAGUGCGAACUCAGCGCCCGCCGUUCACUAAGCUCCAGGGCUGAGCGGAAGGAGAAAGUGCCGUCUCUGUCUUAAAGGAACUUACAAAUGCCGUGGGGAGACAGAGCCCUGGCUUCCACCCUGCAGAGACCAAUUCCCACCUCAGCCAACAACUAGUUGUCACGGCCUCAGUCUCCUCCUCUGUCACAGAGGGAUGCAUGAGGAUUAACAGAGACACAGCUGGGAAGUACUUUGACAAGCGAAAGGUGCUAUGUGAUGUGAGGGGCUUUUAUGCACACAGAACACAAAUCAGUUGAUUACCUGGGACAAGGAGGGUGGACAUGAGCCCUACGAGGAGAAGCGUCACAGCUGCAUGUGUGAAGUCCCUCCCUGUGCGUGACUGGUAGCAGGUACUCAGUAAGCUAGCUCCCCUCCCCGGCCUUCCCCAUGAUGACCUGUCACUCCCCCCCCCCCACUGCCACCACCACACACACAGGCCCCGGUUUAGUAAGAGGCAGAGAUUCCGGUCGCAUGUGCACAGGGAAUGCCAAUGCCCAGGCCCUCACUUCCAGAGGACGGCAGCACCUAGGGCCAGCUCCCCUAUGUGGCCAGGGGGUACAGGGGGGAGGAUGGUCUCAAGCACCCCAUCCAUGCCCCCUGCAGUUCCAAGGCAGUGAGGUUCCCAGCUGGGCUGCCUGAGCUGGGGAUAUAUGACCAGGAGAAAACCCUGAGGACACACCCCAGGUGGUCAGGUGUGGCUGAACAGAGAGGGAGACUUACCCCCAAGGGGCCUGCCAGCCCGUCAUUUGUCCAGACAGUUAACUGCAAAGGGGCCAGAGUUGGCUGCCCAUGGGGCGGGGCCGUGGGCAGGGCAGACUUUGGUCCCCACAGAGGCAGGCACACGGUUGGACCAGCGUCCUCAGCCAGAGACAGGGGACAGCCCUGCCCCCAGCCCCGAGUCCAGCCAGAAGAAUUUGUUUCUUCAUUUUCUACAUGAGUGAGUGAGCUGCCCCCCCAUGACCAGCAUUGCACCCAGUAGAACGGCUCCAGCAUCAAGGCUUACUCAGGGCAGGCACCCCGGGCUACAGCCAGGGCGCUCAGGGGCUGCAGGGACCUUGCCGGCUGUGGCUCACUCCCUGGGUGGGCGUCUGUUCCCCGGCUGCCUCUAGAGAGGAGCAGACCAGGAGCGAGCCCAUAAACCCUGGCCAGUCCAACGCUGGGUUUUAGAACAAAAAGGGUCAAUGAGAUUCCCCCGCCCCAUCCAAUGCUCUUCUCCCCACCACCCAUCCUUCUCCCCAAUAAACACUGAGGCUGGAGAAGGCAAUCCGUGCCAAAGCAGUAUUAGAGCUAAAUAAUGCACCCUUUGCAGCCGGAAAGGAGGCUUGGAAGCGUGAGGUCUGGCGCCCCUCACGUCACUCCGGCUUUCCUGGUCUGAGGACAAUCAGUCGGUCGCCGGGAGGGGAGCCGCCCGGGGCCUGUGUGAUGCAUGAGAACAUCUGUCCCGGGAAAGACCAGAAUCGCUGACACAGUGUUAAAAGGAAGCUCUCAGCACAAGCAGAAAUACGUGCGUGGCAUAAACACGUGCUUUUCUGCACAGCGUAAUAAAUGCAUGAGUGUUUGCAUA